GUCAGGGAUGAUGAUGCAGAAGAGCCCCGGGAAGUGGAGUGAGGACAGAAAGUAGCAGGAGCUGCAGAAGAGGAGCCACAAACAUAGGAGACAGGCCCUGGGGAUGCCUGUCAGUCUGUCCUCUGGUGCUCAGAGGAUGUGGAGUUUUUCAGUGAUCCUGUCUCAAGUAUUAGCUGGCAUUCCCCUCUAAAGAACACUUUUCUUCAUUGACUGGGGAUGAUUAUAGUUCUCCCUAAAAGGAUGGCUGCUCUUUUCCUCAAGAAGUUAACAUCACAAACCAUAAAGACUGAGAAUUACUACAUUAGAAGAUAUUUGGGCAAAUACAUUUUACAGGGGCCGGCGCCCACACAGCUGUCCCCAAGACCGUCCUGCCUCAUUCACGCAAAAGCUUUUAGCACUGAAGACACCCAGGAUGAGAGGACAAAGAAAAAAAAGAACGAGACGGCUUUCAGUAGCGUUGGGAGAAAAAUCAACGAGCGCAUCAUUCACGUGCUGGACGAGCAAGGCAACGACCUGGGCCACAUGCACCGGGCGAAUGUGAUCAGGCUCAUGGCUGAGCGGGACCUGCGGCUAGUGAAGAGGGACCCCCACGCGGAGCCCCCACAGUAUCAGCUCCUGACGGGCGCACAGAUCCACCAGGAGCGGCUGCAGCUCCGAGAGGCGGAGAGGGCCGCGCCCAAGCCGGGACCCACCCUGACCAAGGAGCUGACCUUUUCUUCAAAUAUUGGACAACAUGAUCUGGACACAAAGAGCAAACAGAUUCAGCAGUGGAUCGAAAAAAAGUACAAAGUCCAGAUUACAGUAAAGAAAGCAAAGAGUGCAGACGAGCCCGAGAACAAAAUGGAGGAGAUGUGUAAUCGAAUCGUCCAGACCAUGUCUGGAAUUGCAACCUUCUCAUCCCGGCCACAGCCCAUCAGAGGAGGCAAGGCUGUGAUGUGUGUUCUUCGUCCCUUGAGCAAAAAGGAGGAGGCUGCAUGGAGAGCAGCUCCGGGCACCCCGAGAGGAGACGCUCUGAACAGGGGAGACAGGAAGGAUGGAGCAUCUGGUGUCCUGCCCCAGUGACUUUAAUAAACACAUGCUUCCGGGAGAG